AGAGAGAAAUAAUUCCUCAUAUCAUUGCCUUCUCUUUUCCUACAUCACCUGAAAUUAGAGGAGAAAAGGCGGCUGCUGCUGCUGGUGGAGGAAAUCAGUGAGAAGGAAGAGGAGAUGUGGUUGAAGUCUACAACAGAUAAAGAGGGUAUUGAUUGGAUUCGAACUCGGUACAAGUUUUGGCAGAGGUUUGAUGAAUUAGGGGAGAUGCUGUGGAUGUUGAUAUUCAUGGGGUUGUGAUGAAUUGAUGUUGAAUUUGAGAUUGAGAAGAACAACUGGGUUUGACUGAGAUCGGAAGAAGGAAUUCAAGCUGUUGGUGUUUAGAUGAACAACACAGAGAGACUGGGAUUUGAAGAUGAUGAAACAGGAAUAGGAAGAAUUAGAAUAAAUUGAAUCCAGGGUUUCUUGAACUGAGACAGGGAAGGUCUUGGUUUGAUGCUAUUGCUGCUUGAGAUUGCAAAGGGUAUUGGUGUCGUUGGUUGAGCCUGAGUGGUUUGUGAACAAUGAAUGAGAGGAUUCUGUUGCUGUUAAAGCUGAGAUAAGAAGUAUUGAAGGGUUUGGGCUACAGAUUUGAAGUGAAGGAAAUACAGUUGGGGUUGCUUGUGAAUUGAAAUUUGAGAAGGUGGAGGUUGCAGUUCUAUGGGUUCUGAGUUAUGGAAGAAUAUGUAUUUCCAUGGAUGGGAGUUGCUGUUGGUUAUGAAGCUAGAGGAGUCAGGCUGUAUUGCAGAAAUGAAUAAGUUAAAGGUCUGGUGGAUGCUAGAAGUGCAGGUGACUGUGCUGAAUGAACAAUAACAUAAGUUUCAGAGAUGAUGCAGUGGUUAUUAGUGAAGUGGUGGUGCUUUACAAGAUAUGUUGCAGCUGGACUAAACCUGAAAUGGAGUUGCAAUUGUUGCAGGGAGGAGGUUUAUGAAAUUGAGGUGCAGGUGAUGGUGCUGAUUCGAAAUAGAGAAUGGGUUAUCGAAUCUGGGGUGAAUUUGGAAGACAGUUGGUGAAAAAAAAAGAAGAAUCUGUAGCUGAGAAAUGGCUCUGGUGUGAGUUGCAGUUGCAGUUACAAGCAACGGCAGAAUAUGAGUGAAUCUGAUGGUGGUUGCAAUCGAUUGAAGCUGGGGUUCGUGUGGGUAUGAAACUGCAAGCGAUGGUGAACUCACAAGUGCACUUGAACUGCUGAUGGUGUUGGUUGCUUGAAAUGGUGGAAUGGGUGUAGUUCAGCUGGGAAAGUAGAAGUGCCGGAGUGACGAUGAUUUCUGAAACUGUGGAGAAUCUGACUUGCAAGGCUGAGAUGAUACUAACUGAAAUAUGCAGCUGCAGGUGGUGUUAGCUCAAGUGGAGGGAAUGAUGAUAUUGCAGGUGGAGAUUUGGCUCUGCAGUGGUUGUGUCAUUGGCCUGAGGUGAAAGUGGUGAAACUGCAGUUGGAAAUGGAAUGGUUUGGUUGCAGCUGCAGUUGAGUGCCAAAUGGUUUGUUGGUGGUAUAUAAAUUGCAGAAAGGGCACUGAUGUUGCAGAAUGGCGAUGAACUAAUGCAGGAAUGGUUGUGUGAAGUUACUGGUUGUGUUUGCAGCAGGUAUUGCUUUUGGUUGAGCUGAAAAACUGGUGGUUUGUGAAUUACAAGGGAGUGAGUUGCAGCUGCAUUCACAGGUGGUGCUGGACAGAAUUGGCUGGCGCAGUUGUGUAAUAUAGAAGAGAUGCAGUUUGUGUACAAGCAAGGUGUAAGGGUCUUGGAUGAACUGAAGUUGGAUGGAUGGACUGGUACUGAGAUAGCAAGAUGGGUUCGGUGUUGUCACUGCCAUGGGUAGUAUUGAGUUGCAGCUGUGCAAGGAUGCUGUUACAGGGUGAUUAUGGUAUUAAGAUGACCUGGUGGCAGUUAUGGAUAUUAAACUGGUGAAAUAUGAUACAGAGAAUGAUGUUGGCUUGAGAUAAUGGUACUGCAGGAGUGAAACUAUGGCUCGAGUGGUUGUAUAGAAUGAAUGCAGGUGGUUUGAGCUAUCGAAGCAAGCUGAAAUGGUGGGAAUUGUUACUGGAGUUGAUUUGUAGUUGCUAUGGUUGGACUUGUGUGAUUGCAGGUAAUGAAUGAGCUGAAUGCUUUCAAUAGAUGGAUGUUGGGAUGUUCACGGGGAAGAAGAGUAAUGGCCUGGAAUCGGCCGGGCUCACCCAGAAAUAGACUGAAUUCGACUGGAAAUCGGAGUACGGCGAGUUGACUCACCGAUUCAGGUAAUCAACUCAUAUGGACAUGGACUAUAUUUGACUGGGUUGGUUAAUGGGCUGAGAGACUUAAUUUGGAAUCGUGGGCAGAGUUGAGAAGUUAUAAAAAAGGGUUGGAGAACACUUCACGGGAGGACAUCUCUACUUCUACUUUGGUUCUGGGGUUACAACAUGAUAGGUACCUAUAUGGAAGGAGCAUAUUGGAAUAAUGGAAAUGGUUUUCAACCUCCUCAACACUAUGACGAUUGGCCACCACCUAUGGGAUACGAUCGAAACCAAUUUAUUGGCUUUGAUCAAUAUCCAAGAGCUUAUGAUGAUUUUCAUACAUACCAACAACAACCUUGUAGUAGGCAUGUAAGUCAAGCACCUAGGUGGGAUAAUUCUACUUCUUAUUUUGUUUAUCCGAGAUGUAUGAGUGCUAUAAAUGGACUAGACCAACUUGACAGUGAUAAAGGGAACGUCGCACAAACCAAUUUCUGCAACACUUUUUCUUACCCGGCUUUAGAUCGUAGUUAUGAUCAUUCACCCAUUCAAAGGGAAGAGUCAUGGGAAAGAGAACCUAUGGUAGCCAAUGGUGGUAAGCGUGUGAAUGUUAGAAAACUUGCACAGAAAUUAUACAAGUUGGAAGAUGAUGGAAACUCGGAAGAGCUUGUCGAUGGAAUUAGUAGGACCAUUCAUAUGGAUCUUCAACGACGUUGUGAUAAGAGAUGGGAAACCGAUGAAGAUUCUUAUUACGGUGAGUCUGAAAAUGAAGAUGAGUGUGUUGAAAAUGACCAACCUUUGGAGAUAUUUGAUGACACUAGUGUAGAGGACUCAACUCUUGAUCUUUAUAAUGAUCAAGCACCUAUUCAAAAGGUACAUGAGUAUGAUGAAACUAGUGUUUUACAGAAUUUCGUUGCAACAAGGUUUGAAUAUAAUGAAGAAUUCACUUUAGGUUGCUUUUACACUUUAGGUUGCUUUUUAGGAAGAAUUCACUUUCGCAUCUUUUAAUGUGUUUGUUGAUGACAAGAGGAAAUUAGCGGAUAUUCUUGCGAUCAAGGUAUCCUAAGACUUUUGAUAAAAGUUGAGAUUAAAUAUCAAUUCUAGUUAUUGUUACAAA